AUGNCCCCCCAACAGACCGAGGCUGACGUCAAUCCGAAGGCCUACCCUCUUGCAGAUGCCCACCUCACCAAGAAACUAUUGGACCUCGUUCAGCAGUCAUGUAACUACAAGCAGCUUCGAAAAGGAGCCAAUGAGGCCACCAAAACCCUCAACAGAGGCAUCUCUGAGUUCAUCGUGAUGGCUGCAGAUGCAGAGCCCUUGGAGAUCAUCCUGCACCUCCCGCUGCUGUGUGAGGACAAGAACGUGCCCUAUGUGUUUGUGCGCUCCAAGCAGGCUCUGGGGCGAGCCUGUGGGGUCUCCAGGCCUGUCAUCGCCUGCUCCGUCACCAUCAAAGAGGGCUCACAACUGAAGCAGCAGAUCCAGUCCAUCCAGCAGUCCAUUGAAAGGCUCUUAGUCUAAACAAGUGGCCUUGGCCACACUCCUGGCUGACUCCUCCUACCCCUACCCCCAUCCCACCCCGAGUUAUGUAUCAUAUUGUCUGUUAGCAUGUAGUGUUUCCAGCUACCUUCUAUUGUUAUAAAAUAUUUUAAUGCUCAGUCUGGUUUUUGGAUUUUUGUAUUGUUGUCUUGUUUUAUAGGUUGUCAGCCCCUCCCCUAAUCUCCCCUUCCUCUCUGCCAUCUUAUCCUCCUUUUUGGAAAGUGAACUAAGGCCCAGAACAGGUGGAAACAGGCUGGAUGACACCACUUAAAGGCAGGGAAGAGCUGACCUAGAGAAUUGGUUCCAGCUUUCAGGUGCCUGCUUCCUACUGUGCAGGGCAUGAUGGCGUAACUUGACAGCUUGUACUCCUUGUUCCUGGUGUACAGGAUUGUUGCACGCGUGUCUGAAUCACUGAGGGGUCUCCUUUGCUCUGCAGGGCAUUAUGUAUCGUUUGGGGAGGAAGCACGUGUUCUGUGAGGUUGUUGGGUACCCAACAAUCGAAGUGUCAGUUGCUGAUGUACCCCUGCUGUUUGCUUUUGGUAAUAUUGUAUUCCCCCCCCCCAACUCCCACCUUUGCCCCCUGAGGGUGGCAGGCAGCAGCAUACCAAAGAGACAUGCUGCCAAAUUCCAGAGGUGCCCGGGUGAGUGAGACAUGGGCCAGUUGACCUAGGUCUUGAAGGCAUGGCAAGAGGUUCUGGAAUGAAGGAUUCUGGGCCCAUCACAGAGGACUGACUGGAAGCUGCAGCAGAGAUGAUGGAAUCCAAGGAAGCAUCCUCGCUUUGCUGAAAGGCAAUUUCUUCAGUGGACCCUUGUACCAGCUCUGAGAGCUGUUACCUGGGCCUGUCUCCUGCUGUGAUGUGGGUCAGAUGUGUAUUCUCUGUCCCAUCAGAAGGACAGUGCUAAUGUGUCAUUCUUGUGAGCAUCCUAAUAAAGAAUACAUAUAUUCAUA